CAGUACUUGUAUUUUUCUAUACAGUACUGUUGUUCCAUACAGAUCGGUCGGUGUGAUUUUAUCACCAUGUUCUUGAAUUAAAUUUAUAAUAUAUAUAACUUGUAAAAAGAUUGAAUUUUUAUUUCUUUUUAAUUAAAAAGAAUGGCUGCUGAUGAAGAGAAAAGCAGCGAUUUUUACGGCGUUCUGGGGCUGAGGAAAGAAUGUACGGCGGCGGAGCUCAGGGUUGCCUACAAGAAACUUGCAAUGAAAUGGCAUCCAGAUCGUUGCUCUGCUUCUGGGAAUUUAAAGUAUGUGGAGGAAGCAAAGAACAAGUUUCAAGCUGUCCAACAGGCCUAUUCUGUGCUUUCCGAUGCCAACAAAAGGUUUCUCUACGACGUAGGAAUCUACGAUUCUGAAGACGAUGCUGACGAAAACGGUAUGGGUGAUUUCUUGAAUGAAAUGGUAGCAAUGAUGGGCCAAAGUAAACCAAAUGAAAAUAAAAACGAGAGCUUCCAAGAAUUGCAAGAUCUAUUCGAGGAAAUAUUCAACAAUGACGCGGAAGAGGUUUUCAAGAUUCCUCCUCCGCACUUUCCGUACCAAGAUUCUUGCAGCGAGACCCGCACCGCAUCGAACAAGAGGAACGCCCGCGAAAUGGGCUCCGUAAAUUUCAGUAAUAUCGAAGCCACACCAUUUGAAGGGUUCUGCAUAGGGGUAGGAAAAUGUAAUUUUUGGGGGAGAGAGAAUACAAACGAGGCCCGGAGGAGGUAGUAGGAGGACGAAGCCGAAGAUUUCGACAUCGAUCGAUGGUUUAAUUAGUUGAAGAUACACUAUUUGAAUCAUUUGAUUCUUAAGUUUCCCUUGUCACAUUGUUUAUUAAUUAGUUUUGUAACAUAUAGUUUCUUGCUAUAUUGUGAGUUUUAAAUCGUGUAAGAACAUUUCAAAGUUGACAUUGAAAUGGUUUUUGAGUUUUGCUUUGUUAGGAAAAAGAAUUGCCUGACUUUUAUAAAUAUAUGGGAUAUAUUUUUUGCGGGGCAA